AUGGAGGUCGCUUGUACCUCCAUGAUCCAUGCGGCUGCCCCCCAUUUUCGGUGGUCGUUUGCGGUCCAGUACACCGCGCAUCAGCUCAACCUCUGGCCCCGUGUCUCCUUGCCGGAGACCUCACCCACAAUGCUGUGGACGGGGAAGGUUGGCGAUGCGUCGCAUUUCCGGGUCUUGGGUGCUCGUGCCUUUGUCCGCGAUACCACCGCGGACAAGCUCUCCCCUCGCGCCAUUCCCUGCGUCUUCCUUGGCUUUGUCCCUGACGCGCUUGGCUGGCAGUUUUACGACCCCGCCUCGCGCCAUGUCUUUCCGUCUCAGGACGUCACCUUUGACGAGUCAGUUCCCUUCUACCGUCCUCCCCAGGUAGACCCCCUCCCCGCGCCAGGUCCUGCUCCCUCAGGUGUUUCUCAGGUAGACCCUCCCGUCCCUGCGCCUACUAAGGUCACUAGUGACUCCGGUCCUGCUGGGAGUGGGGCUGUCCCUGGGGGUGCGGAGCUUGGGGGUGCGCAGCGUGGGGGUGCUGAGUCUGGGGGCGCUGAGCAUGAGGGUGCGGAGCCUGGAGGUGCUGAGCCUGCGCGUGGGGAACCUGGAGGUCCUAAGCUUGGGGGUGCUGCUUCUGGGGGAGCUGCGCCUGGGGGUGCUGCGUCUGGUGGUGCUGAGCCUGCGUGUGCGGAGCCUGGGGGUGCUGAGUUUGGGGGUGAGUCGCCUGAGGGUUCUGAGACUGCUGUUACGCGGUCUCUUUGGAGUAGCCGUCUUCGUCCGCGUGUGCCUCUCACCUCCCUGCAGCUGCACAACUGGUACGGUCGCCGUCAGCGUCGCGCUUCUGCACCUCAGGGCUCUACUGCUGGGGGUUCUUCUGCUGGCGUCACUGGAGCUGGGAGUGGUGUUGGUCCUUUGCCUACUGGAGGUGCUGGUGUCGCUGGUCCCGGAGGUGCUCGUACUGGGGGUACUGGAGCUGCUGGGGCUGGCGGUGUUGUGUCUGAGGGUGCUGCUGCUAGUGGCACUGUGGCUGGAGACCCUGAGACUGGAGGUGCCGGUUCUGGGGGUGCUGCAGCAGGUGGAGCUGGUGCUGAGGGUAGUGGAGCUACUGGAGGUGCUGGAGCUGUUGAGGGUACUGGAGCUGCUGGAGGUGCUGAAGCUGCUGAGGGUACUGGAGCUGCUGGAGGUGCUGGAGCUGCUAAGGGUACUGGAGCUGCUGGAGGUGCUGGAGCUGCUGAGGGUACUAGAGCUGCUGGAGGUGCUGGGGCUGCUGAGGGUACUGGAGGUGCUGGAGGUGCUGGGGCUGCUGGUGCUGGUGGCACUGCACAACCACGCCUGUUCUUCGCCCCGCCGUCUCCGUCGUCUCAGCCACCGCCUGACUCUGCACUUCGCCAGGUUCUCAGUCUCCCCUUGUCUACUGGUCUUCCGUUACAGCCUGGGUCACCGCUGCCUGCUCCUUCUCCGUACACAGAGCAGACUGGGGGCCUUGCUCAGCGUUGCGAUCGCGGUAUGCACUCACUGCAGCUGGAAGGAGCGAGGGCGUAUGGGGGAGUUGCUACACACGAUGGUGUCGAUGGCGAUGCGGGUAGUGGCGAUAAGGACAAACACUUCCCAAUUGGGGUGGCGGAGGCGACGACGGGAGGCGAGGGGAUCGAGGAGCAAAUGGGGUAG